UUUUGGAACUUCCGAUCAUGGGCCAUAGCACUUCCAUUUCAUUGAGAAUUGAUACAUUUUUUGAUAUUUUCAGAUUUCUUUGUGCAAAAUUUUAGGUGUUAUAAUUAUACACCUUAUAUUUUUUGAGAUUACAUUAAUUAAAAUAUACAAAAAAAAAAAUCAUAUAGAUAGAAUAUACUAUUCCUGAUAUCCCAUUAAGUUUAUUGAUUGAUCAUGGAGCUAUCAAAGACAUUCAGAUUCCAAUCAAAGAACCUCACAUCCUUCAUACCUUUCUCUCCCAUAUACAACAACCCUUUGAAGAAUCAUCUAUCCUUUAGAACAAAACUCAACAAUAGACCCAAGAAAAUCAAGUUAACAGUGACAGCAAAGAGAAAAGCACCAAUUGAUGGUGUAAGUGAAGAGUUGAAUGAUAUAGCUUCUUAUAACCUUGAUUUUGCAUAUUCUAGAAGAAGGGUUCGUUCUGCUUUUGCUGAGGUUCAACAACAGCUUGAUCAUUGCUUGUUUAAGGAUGCUCCUGCUGGAAUCAGAGCAGAAGAAUGGUAUGAAAGGAAUUCGAGGGGAUUGGAAAUUUUCUGCAAGAGCUGGAUGCCAGAGUCAGGAAUUCCAAUCAAGGCAUCUGUGUGUUUUUGUCAUGGAUAUGGUGAUACUUGCACAUUCUUCUUUGAAGGUGUUGCGAGGAGAAUUGCUGCAUCUGGGUAUGCUGUUUUUGCGAUGGACUAUCCAGGUUUUGGACUUUCAGAAGGAUUGCAUGGUUACAUACCAAACUUCGAUGAUCUUGUCGACGAUGUUAUAGAGCAUUAUACACAAAUAAAAGCAAGACCUGAUUUGAGAGAAUUACCUCGAGUUCUGUUGGGGCAGUCAAUGGGUGGGGCGGUUUCUCUUAAAGUUUAUUUGAAGGAGCCAAAUAAUUGGGAUGCUGUAAUGCUUGUCGCACCAAUGUGUAAAAUUGCAGAUGAUGUGUUACCACCCGAUGCAGUAAUGAAGGUGUUAACUCUUUUGUCAAAAGUGAUGCCAAAAGCAAAGCUCUUCCCAAACAAAGACCUUGCUGAACUGGCUUUCAGAGAACCGAGUAAAAGAAAAUUGGCUCCUUACAACGUUAUUUGUUAUGAGGAUAAUCCACGACUUAAAACCGGUAUGGAACUUCUACGGGUGACAAAAGAAAUUGAGUCAAAAGUAGAGAAGGUAUCAGCACCAUUAUUGAUUCUUCAUGGAGCAGCAGACAAGGUGACAGAUCCAUUAGUGAGCAAAUUUCUGUAUGAAAAUGCAUCUAGCAAGGAUAAGACUUUAAAGCUCUAUGAAAAUGGUUACCACUGCAUUUUGGAAGGGGAGCCUGAUGAUAGAAUAAAGGCUGUACAUGAUGACAUUGUCUCAUGGCUUGAUUCUAGGUGUUCAGUUAAGUGAGAUUUUUCCAUGGAAUAUUUCCUUCAUCAUUCUAAGUCAUUCUUGGAGUAAGAUAAUAGCAACAUUUAUGUUUAAAUUGUUAAAAUCCUCCUAACUACAUUAUUUUUGCAAUUCAAUUUGGGUGGUAGCAUAAUGUGUCUACCUUCAUUUGAUAUGUGAGCAUAACAAUUUUUUUU